GAUGGAUACACAGAUUAUUGUUAUUGGAGCUGGUGUGGUUGGAUUGACCACAGCAUUGGUGUUGAAACAAAAAGGAUAUCAACAUGUCACUGUCGUUGCUAAAUAUGUACCUGGUGAUAUGUGUGUCGAGUAUACUUCUCCUUAUGCAGGUGCUCAUUGGAGAACUAUGGCAAAGAAUGACGACAAAUUUCUCUCAUCUUUGGAUGCUGUGAGUUAUGAAAAAUUUAUGAAUAUGGUGGGAAAUACCAAGGAAAAGAAUCGAGAUGAUAUCAAUCAGACAGAAAUGGGUAUUAUGGCCGUACCUAGCUGGGAUUACUAUGAUGAUGAAACUGUACCUGAAUAUGCCAAUCCAUGGAUCAAGGACGUAGUUUACAAUUUUAGAAUGUUGACGGAGAAGGAUGGCUUGCCAGCAGGUGCUAAGCUUGGUCACACUUACACCACUGUGCUUAUUAAUUCACCCGUCUAUUUGAAGUGGCUUCAGAACCAAUUCACACAGCUUGGUGGCACCAUUGUAAAGAGAUCUCUCUCGCAUAUCGAUGAUCUUUUUGAUGGGGUAAAGAGUUCUCACGCGGCUGUGAUCAACUGUACUGGGUUGGGUGCCAGAUUCUUGGGUGGUGUUCAAGAUGAAGCUGUGACACCUACUCGAGGACAGACUGUGGUAGUGGAUGCACCUCAUAUUAAGGCAACGAUUACGCAUGUGCGUCCUGAAGGCAUGACAUACAUUAUUCCGCGAUCUGAUGGCACCGUCAUUUUAGGUGGCACAGCUAAUAAAGGAGAUUUUAAUCCUUAUGUAGAUGAUGUUAUUGCAAAGUACAUCAUCAGACGUACAAAGUCAUUAUGCCCUCAACUGGAUGAAGAGCCAAAGAUUGUUAGACAUGCUGUUGGUUUACGUCCCUCUAGAAUUGGUGGACCUCGUUUUGAAAACGAAGUAAGACGAUCCAAGGACGGUAAGAAGGCACUUCAUGUUACGCAUGCUUAUGGCCAUGGUGGCUAUGGAUACCAAUCCAGUUGGGGAUCUGCCGAACAUACAGUUCAACUUAUGGAAAAGGGACUUCCAACUGGAAAAUCUCGUCUUUAAAAAUAAGCUUGUGGUUCCAUUUUUUUUUCCGCAUUACUGUGCUUCCAGUCUCAAUUUACCGAAUGUCUGAAAAAUCCGCCCACUUUUUUGAAGUUGAAUUUCCCAGUAAUAAAAAUUAGUUUGC